AUGCAUAACUUUAAAUCCAAAAAUGUUCGGUCCGUCUUGCCUCGCUUUCUUUCUGCUAAGGGACUUGUAUUUACAAUUGUGUUUCUUUUGGUCGUUCCUAAUAUUCAAGGGUUGCCUCGAGGGCAUGUACAAUCAACUUUCGAGCUGAAUCAGCACAAUGACAUUGAGUCUCUCUCUGAGGGUUUUAGGUUAAUUCAGACAAGCGAAGAUAAAUCGCCAAUAUGGAUGAGUCAGAACGAAAUCCUCAUAUUGUUCAGGAACAAUAUCAAGUUCAUGGACGUGACGGAUUACUUAGAUUUGGGAACACAUUUUAAACCCGCUCUUAAACAUGUGUAUCCAACGGUACCUACAUUCCAAGUUGAAGUAAAAUCUUUCAUUGGAAACCUGACAACUACAACUAUGCGUCAAAACCUCAUAAAAUUUACCUCCUUCAAAAAUCGAUAUUAUCGUUCUUCGUACGGGGAACAAUCUUCUAAAUGGCUCUAUAACCAAAUUUUCGACAUAAUUCAAGACGCGAACGAUUUAAAUCUCGAUGUUGAUGUUUCUGUACGCAAGUUCACACACAGCUGGGCGCAAAAAUCAAUAAUUGCGAGAUUUGAGGGAAGUAAUCCCGAAAAUCAGAAUCAGGUUGUUAUUGUCGGAGCCCAUCAGGAUUCCGUAAAUAUGUGGUUACCAAAUUUUGGACGAGCUCCAGGAGCCGAUGACGACGGAAGCGGUACUGUCACGAUAUUGGAAGCGUUCCGUGUGCUAGUUUCCGGGCAAUUUCGUCCUGAGAGACCUGUUGAAUUCCAUUGGUAUUCUGCUGAAGAAGCUGGCCUACUCGGUUCACAAGCUAUUGCCUUGGAAUAUGAAAAGGAAGGAAAAGAUGUCGUUGGGAUGAUUCAGAACGACAUGACGGGGUAUGUUGGUAAAAAGAAGGAAACUUUUGGGAUUAUAAUCGAUUUCGUAGACGAAGAUUUGACAACAUUCAUAAAAAAAUUGAUCGGUACUUACGCCGAAAUCCCUUAUACUGAAACGAAAUGCGGUUACGCUUGUUCUGACCAUGCCUCUUGGAGAAAGGCCGGUUUCCCCUCUGCAUUUGCAAUUGAAAGUGAUUUUAGUGAUUCGAAUCCUCACAUCCAUUCGGCAAAUGAUAUAGUCGAUCAUCUUAGUUUUGAGCAUAUGCUAGAAUUCUCCAAGCUUGCCGUCAGUUUUGCUGUCGAACUUAGGGCGCUCACGAAAGUGUCAGAGGUUAUUAGACCAAAGGUCACAGAAACACAGGAUUACGGUACACGACGUAUUCCAUUUUCUUUUUUAUUUGGGCGAGGAAAUAUCUUUGAGCUCAAAUAA